GAUUGCACGAUUCGGCUCAGAAGCGCGAGAGGAAAGAAUCGGAUGGAAAACUUGAGAGAAGUAGCAUCCCUCAGUGUUGUUUGAUAAUCCCAUUUAUCUUGAGUAUUCACACGUCGCACUAGAGAAUUCUUAGCGCAGCAGAAAAGGGGUUGUAAUAAUAACCAGAAGAAAAGUUGUCCGAACCCCCGAAACAUAUCCCAGCGUAGUUGCAAAAGUCCUCUCUAUCACACCGUAUCUUUUUCUGGCAUCUCGGAAGUCAGCAACAUCAUGUUAAGUCACAAGGGGUUGCCAGUUAACCCUUUUAACGGCUCGUUCCCUUAUCAUGGACAGCUGAUAACUCACGACCCCAGAUGCAGACAGUUCUCCGAGACCAGCGAGAUGGACGAGUUCGAGCACAUCUUCGUGGAGUCGACCCUGGGCAUCGGGGACCACGGCUACAAGCGCCAGGACAGCCACAGAGUGUUUGUCAACCGAAGCCUCCACUUGGAGAAGAUCCGGUUCUAUGGCUUCGAUAUGGACUACACGCUGGCGGAGUACAAGUCUCCCCAGUACGAGACCUUGGGCUUCAACCUCCUGAAGGAGAGACUCAUCACCAUAGGAUACCCGGAGGAGAUUAAGGAGUUCGAGUAUGAUCCUACUUUCCCUACCAGAGGACUGUGGUUUGACAAGGUCUAUGGAAACCUCUUGAAAGUUGAUGGGUUUGGGAACAUCCUUGUCUGCGUUCAUGGAUUCAAGUUCUUGAAACCAUCUGAAGUGUAUGAGCUCUAUCCAAACAAGUUUAUUCUGCUGGACGAGUCAAGGAUAUAUGUCAUGAACACACUCUUCAACCUGCCAGAAAUCUACAUGGUUGCCUGCCUUAUUGACUUCUUCAGUAACUCCCCACAAUAUGUGAAGCUCCCGGAGGGAAUCAAGUCUGGAGAACUUUACAUGAGUUUCAAAAGCAUCUUCCAAGAUAUUAGAGGUGCAGUUGAUUGGGUCCACAUUAAGGGUGAUUUGAAGAAGAAUACAGUAGAGCAUGUUGAUAAGUAUGUCCACAAGGAUGAGCGUCUUCCCCUUCUCCUGGAUCGUAUGAGGGAUUCAGGAGCCAAGGUGUUCCUCCUCACUAACUCAGAGUACUGGUACACAAAUGCUAUCAUGGAGUACCUUCUCAGCUUCCCAGACAAGAAUGGGGAUGUGAGAGACUGGAAAACUUAUUUUGACUUCAUAGGUGUUGAUGCUUGUAAGCCAGUGUUCUUCAGCGAUGGGACUAUCAUGCGACAAGUGGACACUAAAAUCAACUAGUUUAUAUAUUGAAUGGCAGUGCAAUCUGAGUAUUACUGCAGUUUAUCUGGUGAUUUUUAAAUGUAGGAAAAAUAUGGCAGAGAACAAAUAAGUGCUUCCCUGUGAUGCAGAGUUUCAAUAAUUUUUAGUCUUUGUUUCAUUUUAAUUAAGGAGAAAAGUAACAUUUGACAGUACAUUAAGUGAACAUAAGGCAGACAGUGCAGGUUCUUUCACUAUGGUUAAGAUGAUGAACAGAAACCAAACAUGCCCCCUUCCUUUUUAUAGUGGAAUAUUUAAAAGAAAAACUGUCCCAAAAAUCAUAAAUCUAUGCAAAGUGGAUUAAAAUAUAGAUUUGUAUAGUUUAAUUUAGUGAUUUAGUACUUUCAGGCAUUCAUGUGUUCAUGUUUUGCUAACAAGUACACAGUUUAUUUUGUAUUAUAGUAAUUUUUUAUUUAAAUCUGUAAUAUAGUGGACCAGGAAUUAAUUUUUGUCUCAUAUAUGAAUGCUGCAUGAAAUAAAAAUACAGUAUCAAA